AUGGACCCCAACGUUCCCGGCUUCCCUUCUGCGAUGCAGCAGACCGCGGGUUUUUCUGUCACUUCCCAGAGUCCACAGCAGUUCCCCUACUAUCCGAAUGCCAUCCCCUCCUACCCCCAGCCUAAACCCGCCUCUCAUCCUCCACCGCAGCAACAACAGCAUUCUACUUUCGGUGCCGUGCCCAUGCAAGCCGGUCCUAGUGGAGCAAUGAUGCCGUCCGGCUUCCCCCAGCAGUCAUCCGGACUAGCCGCUAACCAACGGGAUGGACUAGCAGGACCCCACGCCAACUUCUCUGCACCAUUUGCCCAGCCACCUGUGCCGACGUCUAUGGGCCAGUUUCUCCCUCCUCAGGCGACCGCGACAUCUUCUCUCCCUGCAACCACCGCGCAGUCGUUCCCUCCCAAUAUGGCUUCGUUACCUGCGACCAACAUGAUCCCUGCGCAACAGCAGCGGCCUGUCCCUCAACAGACACCAUUGCAGAGCACCAGCCAACCGGCUGCCCAGUCACCCGCAACGACCGCGCGAGAGAAGGCUCGCGUGUCGACUCUCUUGGACAUAAACUCAAUGUUGCUGCAGGAGGUCAUGAAUCUUCAGGCAGCGGGGAAGGCUGGCGGGCCUUCGCAAGGGUCACAAGAAUCGAACCCAUCACCUGGAUCUGACCAGACCCCCGAUAAGACGACCCAGCGGCCGAGUCCAGAGUACGUCGAGUGUAUGCGUCGUUUACAAGCCAACCUAGGCUAUCUCGCAACCAUUGCCGACCGGGCCAAGAAAUCAGGAGGCGUCCCCCCUGCCGCACCAGCGAUCAUGUCGCCGCCUCCGAAUAUGCCUUCAAUGAAUGAGAUAUAUAACAAGCUCAACGAGCUCUUCCCUCGCACUGCUCAAGGUGGCGUAGGAACUCCCCAGCCCAGCCCACAGGCAUUGCAGGGCAACGGACGGCCCAGUCCGUCUCCAGCUAUGGAAAACGUUGUCUGA